GGGCUGAGCCUCACACACAUAAUCAGCGCAGCUUCUCAAUGGGGGGACGGAGCCAAGAGGAGACAGAACUGUCGUUCCGCUGGAGCUGAUCUCAGUCCGUGUGUGAGAAGUGAGGAGGCAAAUGAACGUUCUGUCGUCACGAGAGGGAUUUUACCUUCACAGUACUGAUCUAAAGGUGAUAUGAGCAGCCUUCCAUCUUGUAAACACUGACUGGUUUGUAACAGCGUGUCAUUCCUGUGAGCUGAGGUGGUUUCUGGUGACCGCACUCCCAGGAUUUCCGACGGACAGAGAGAGUCGAGGGGGGCAAGCGGACGAGGCAGAAACAACAGAGCUUCUCCCCCUCUUAUCCUGCAGCGUUGUUCUUCUUUACACCUGGAACUUUGUUGGGAAUCCCUGGCCUCAGGCUAUGGAUGGAUUUAAGACAGCGUUGUGAGUCUGUUGAACAGACGGUGAUACUGACAGCAGGGUACCCUUUCUUUUGACCAGACAGACCACUCAGCCACCCUCCCAGUCUGCCCUGCCAUGUCCUUGUUCCUGGGCCUGUGGAUUAGCCUGGGCUUCCUGCUGCUGUGCCAGGCCACGCUGUACGAGACCCUCCAGCAGCACCACGUGCCCCGGCCCGGACGCAACGCCAUCCAGAUCCUGGAAGGAGGGACGUGUGAGGUGAUCGCAGCCCACCGGUGCUGUAAUAAGAACCGUAUCGAGGAGCGCUCCCAGACGGUCAAGUGCUCCUGUCUACCGGGGAAAGUGGCCGGGACGACACGCAACAAACCCUCUUGUGUGGACGCGUCCAUUGUGAUUGGGAAGUGGUGGUGUGAGAUGGAGCCGUGUCUGGAGGGAGAGGAGUGUAAGACUCUGCCUGAUAACUCUGGAUGGAUGUGCUCCUCUGGGAACAAGAUCAAGACCACAAGGAUUCAUCCUAGGACCUAACAAAGAGUUCCCUCGCAGGCUCCCAGCCAGGAUCCCCUCCCUCCAAAUGGACUAAAACCAUUACAUCAACGACGACUGACUGGAUUACCUGUGACCGCAAGAAGGAUAUCCUCUGAAAUAAAACAGCUUUGCUAGCGUGGUGCCAAGGGUUUUAGACCAGACUAAUCCCCUUUUUGAUCAAUGAGCCUCACGUCGGUGUUACUCUACGAGAACAACCAUGGCCAAUUUCCCAAAUACACUUUUUUUCUCCCCUUCAAAACGAAAACAGCUUAGCCGGGGUUAUUUAGAUGUUGUAAAAACGUUAUUUGAAAACACUAACGCCUCCCCAAAGGUAAACUGGAUGAUCCUCACAGAGACUCAGUGCUACUGAGCAGGGGAUCCUACAGGAUCAGUGGCACAUUGGAGGGACAUUAUGUGGGGAUUGCUUUUACCUAUUUCAUCAUCCUUGUCAACGGCAUCCAUCUUAGAAGCGACAUCUCAGCAUGCCAGCUAUCCUGUGUCUGUGUGGAGCCUGGGCAGUGACCCUGACUGCUGUUCACUCUGCCUACGCAACACAAUGCCGCAGGAACAACAACGAGCGCUGAGUAAACAGACACUGAGAGGUCACAGGGGUCAACCCGGGGGCCCACAGUCACUGUCCAUGAUUGACAUGUCAGUCAGAAGUCUUCUUUGUUGGCAUGCUCUAUGUAAUUCAUUGGAGCUUUUUCUUUGUACGUAAGAUGCUUUGUGUAUAUAUACAUAUAUAAAUACAGUACAUAUAAAAAGAGUAUGUGGGCUCCCUUAUACAGUAAACAAAAUAUUCUGCACGGAGAUCCUUUUGUGGGAUUCUUCAUUUCUGUCCCUGAUUAUGAAGUACAGUGAAUUCCUAGUCAAAGGUAGUGGUUGAAUCUCCUCUCUGUGUAUAGGACUGUUUACAGUGUUUGCUUGUAUUGAGAAUCUCUGGAAUAGCCUUACCGAAUCAUCAUGAGAAAGUAUUGGUCUUAUUCACCAUUCAGUGAUGUACUUGGAAGAUAGGAAUCUCUUUAGCUUCUGUAAAGAUGAUAAAAACACUGUACAGAACUGUCUAACAAAACAAACUAUAAUCAACAGCGACCCACGUCCUCUUUUCUGUGCUAAAUUAGAGAUAACAGUGCAACUGGGCCCAGUAUCUGAGAGUUAACGCCUGUUCUUAUUUCAUUCCUGUGUCUGCUAUGGAGAAUGAGUGUGGACUUGGCUGUCAAUCAAUCAAAUGUAUUUAUAAAGCCCUUUUUACAUCAGCCAAUGUCACAAGUUCUAUACAGAAACACAGCCUAAAACCCCAAACAGCAAGCAAUGCAGAUGUAUAAGGUGAGACUAGUGGUUAGAGCAUUGGGCCAGUAACCGAAAUGUUGCUAGAUAAAAUCCCCAAGCUGACAAGGUAAAAAUCUGUUGUUCUGCCCCUGAACAAGGCAGUUAACCCACUGUUCCUAGGCCGUCAUUGUAAAUAAGAAUUUGUUCUUAACUGACUUGCCUAGUUAAAUAAAGGUAAAAUAAAAAAAAUAAAAAAAUUAGCAUGGUAGCUAGGAAGAAACCUAGAGAGGAACCAGGCUCUGAGGAGUGGCCAGUCCUCUUCUGGCUGUGCCAGGUAGAGAUUAUAACAGCACAUGGCCAAGAUGUUCAAACGUUCAUAGAUGACCAGCAGGGUUGUUGUGUGUAGAUUCCACACUGACACAGUAUGCAGGUUUCCAUUGACCCAGGGUUAUCUGACAAAAGUAAUGUCUCCCAAAAAAGCAUUGCAACAUUUGUAAUGGCAGACGUAGGAGACAUAUUCUAAAGAUCAAAUACAUUUUUAUCAGUUCGACAGUGUCCUUACUGCAACAAAUGAUGAUGGAAACUGUGUUUUUUGAAUAAAAUAUGUUUGCUGAAUAAUUUUGAAGGUACGCACGUGAUGUUGUCGUUUAACUAUAAAACUUCACUCCACAUUUGAUUGUAAAUGCCUACUGCUUUCAAAAUCCAUUUAUUCAACUAGAAAAAUAAUGUUUCUCUGCAAGACAAAGAUUGUCUUGACUUUCAAUAAUGCCUGAAUUGCUUUACAUUGCAAUUUGAAGUUUCAUCAUCAAAUUGUUUCAGGUCUCUACUACUGUAGGUCUACAUGACUACAAUGGCAGGGCCUGUGGCGAUAAGUAGGCAUGAGAAUUAUUAGAAUAUGGCAAAUAUUAGUAAUUUCUUGCAUUCUAUUCAUGCUGGCUUUUUACGGGCUACCUCCCGUAACGUCAUUAUGUCCAGCUGUUUUUUUCCACAUGGCAGUACACUGGAAACGCACUGUGGCAUGCAAUUGUCGCAUCUAUAGUACUUUCUAUGCGGACAUUCUAAAUGUCGACAAAAAUGUACUGGACAAGUUAAGAGAAACCUAGCUACUGAAAGCCUUUCCAAUGGAGAUAUUGAAAAAGACAUUGAGAAAGUAUGAGCCACAUUCAACAGACAUGCAGUACCCCAAUUAGAUAUACA